AUGCCACCAAAUGAGGAGCAAGUGACGGAGAUGGAGGUGCUGCAGUCCAUCUACGGGUCCGACGAAAAUUUCAAGGUUAUGAGUGACACUCGCAUACAGUACAAAUUCGGUGCUGAAUCUUCUAGAAGCUUUGUAAUGGAAAUCGAAUGGCCUCCAGACUACCCUGAAGUUCCUCCAAAGAUUAAUAUGGACGUUUUCUACAAUAGCCACAUUGACGACAAUGUUCGGCAAGAGAUUCGCAGCAAGGUGCUUGAAGUUGCAAAGGAAAACGAGGGUAUGGCAGUUUCAUUCACUUUGAUUGACUACGUCUCGUCAAAUUUCGACGACCUGACUGCUCAUUGGAGCAUACAAGCUCCUAAAGAAGAAGUGAUAAAGGUGGAAGAACGGCCUAAGGAGGAGCCUUUGACAAAAGCAGCCAAGAGGCGUAUGUGGGAUAGAAAUGAAGGGACCGGUAAAGAACGUGGUUGGGACUGGGUGGACAUCCUGAAGCAUCUAGCACAAACAUAA